CCACGCCGCCAGAGCGCAUCACUCGCACUGCCAUCCGUCGCUCGAACGUCGUCUGCCUCCAACUGUCAUGCUGGCGAACAUGAGGAGCCCGGGAGAGGUGCUGAGAGAGGGCGAGCUGGAGAAGCGAAGUGACAGCCUGCUCCAGGUGUGGAAGAAGAAGCGCGGGGUGCUCACCACCGACCGCCUGCGGCUGUUCCCCACCGGCCCCGGCGCGCGCCCCAAGGAGCUGCGUUUCCACUCCAUCCUCAAGGUGGACUGCGUGGAGCGCACCGGCAAGUACGUCUACUUCACCAUCGUCACCACCGACCGCAAGGAGAUCGACUUCCGCUGCGCGGGCGAGAGCUACUGGAACGCGUCCAUCACGCUGGCGCUCAUCGACUUUCAGAACCGCCGCGCCCUGCAGGACUUCCGCAGCCGCCGCGAGCGCGCCGCGGCCGCAGCAGCCGCCGCGGCCGCCGCGGCCGCCGCGGAGCAGGAGCCCGAGGCCGGGCCGGGCGGCCAGCCCUAAGUCCCACCACGAAUCAUGCCAACCGCACCAUCGGGAGCCCAGAAGUUGUCCGGGGAGACAGGAGCCCCGACAGCACCCAAUUGCUGACCAGGGCAAGGAUAUAGCCCGGUGCUACUCUACUUCACACACAAUGACCUUUCCGUGCUGAUUCACUGAGCCUCACAGAGCCCGCUGUGCGGGCAAGCUAAAUUAUUAGCUAUCUAUGUAUUUAUUUCGAUGGUGCCUGUAUCCAAACCAUCUGUCUUAACGUUUGUACUCCACCACCAUUCCAAUAAAGCACUCAGUUCAUUCUCUUUUCUAUCA